GGCCCCGCUGCCCAGCGCAGGCAGGUAGAAGCCCCGUGCCUGAAGCUUCCAAAUUUCAGCUUCUUUUCGCACCAACUAGGAAAAUGACGCCACUAACCCCCAGUGAGCUCUGGAACGGUACCAUGAAUUGAGCGUGUCGUUUGGAGAGCCCGGUUUUGGGCAGGCAUCCAGGCAUUGUUCUGCAUCUCUGCAGUGUGCGUGUGCGGUGCCGGUAGCUCGACAGCCGUCCUUAACUGGAGCUGCCAAUAUGGUGGAAAGCAGGUGCUGUGCUUGUGUUGGGAUAAACGUCUUAGUUCAUUACCAUCGUGUGACAGACACCCGGCAGCUACCAGUUAACGGCGGACUUAGUCCUGUCCCUCCAAGUUGAAUCUGAGAUCAGGCCAGUUGAAAUUCUGAGGAAGGUACCCUCCGGUAUCCCUCUCCUUAGGGGGGUCCUUAAAGCCUUCGUGGGAAAAAGAAGGGAAUGUCUGAAAUAAUGAGCCAUCGUUGUCACGAACACUGAGAGGAGAACACGUUAAGAAUAAGAAUAUUCCACCCUUCAGAAUUUAAAAGCCAGAUUUUCUGAAGAUUCUACAUUCCAAUAAUUAAUCAUCAUCACUUAAAGUAUAUGCAUCUAUUCUGUGACCACCACUGGGUUAAAUUUAAAAGGACAUUUCCAGCUUACACGUACUCUGACAAAGGCAAAUUUGGAAGCAUUUACUUGAGGACAGUGGCUAACACAUAGAUAAUCACAACAGGCGCAAUGAAGCACUUCCUAAGGAUUUCUUCAAGCAAGAAUUAACUUUCAUUAGCAAAUUCAUUGAAACUGUUCAAAAUAAGCCACUUUUCUCUUAUUAUCCCCAAAGAAGACGUCAGUCACAAUUUAAGAUGCUGGAGUAGUGUUGCACUGCAGAGUUCUAGUGGAAGGGUGCUGUCUUUUGUCUUUGACAGAAUGUUGUUCCAGGUGUGCCUGUAUUUUUACUGUAAAUUUUUGUGGCGCUGCCUAAAAUUUGUAAUGAGAAAACUGACUGGAAGAUGUGAAUUGCAACGGAUCUGCUACAAUACCAAGCCUGGGGCUUCUAGAACCAUGAAAAUCGAAACAUCACUGAGGGAUUCAAAAAGUAAGCUGCUGCAGACCUCAGUGACUGCUCACCCUGACGCCAUUGAGAAAACCAUAGAGGACAUCAUGGAACUGAAACAAAUUAACCCUGACAUAAAUCCACAGUUGGGAAUCUCUCUUCAAGCUUGCCUUUUGCAAAUUGUUGGCUACAGAAAUCUUAUUGCAGAUGUGGAAAAACUGCGCAGAGAACCCUAUGAUUCUGAUAACCCCCAACAUGAAGAAAUGCUUUUGAAGUUAUGGAAAUUCUUGAAGCCCAAUACUCCAUUGGAAUCUCGAAUUUCUAAGCAAUGGUGUGAAAUUGGUUUCCAAGGUGAUGAUCCUAAAACUGAUUUUCGAGGAAUGGGACUUCUGGGCCUAUACAAUUUGCAGUAUUUUGCAGAAAGGGAUUCUGCAGCGGCUCAGCAGGUCCUCUCUGACUCUCUUCAUCCAAAAUGCAGCAAAUUCAGCAAAGCAGAAUGGGAGAAGAAAAGGAUGGAUAAAGCAAUUGGGUACUCAUUUGCAAUCGUGGGCAUCAAUAUAACUGAUUUGGCAUAUAAUCUACUGGUGAGUGGAGCUCUAAAAACUCACUUCUACAACAUCGCCCCAGAAGCUCCAACACUGUCUCAUUUCCAGCAAACAUUUUGCUAUUUGAUGCAUGAGUUCCAUAAGUUUUGGAUUGAAGAGGACCCCAUGGACAUAAUGGAAUUUAAUCGUGUGCGGGAGAAAUUCCGCAAGAGGAUCAUAAAACAGCUGCAGAACCCAGACAUGGCAUUGUGUCCACACUUUGCUGCCUCAGAAGGUCUAAUCAACAUGUAGUCACCCAUGCUGGUUUUAACGGAUACCCCCAGAACACUGCCUCAUUGUCGUGUUAGAUCCCUGCUUAGGUCCCAGCUCACACACUGAAUGCACAAUGAUUGUAUGCAUGCCUUUUGGUAAAGUAUUUUCAUCUCUUGGUCAUAAUUACCAGACCCUCAGAUACCACUAUUUCUGGAGUACCUGUCAUCCAGUGACUGUUCAUAUUGUGGCAUUAUGCAGUGUUACAUUUGCCUUGACACCCAGGUAUGGAGAGAGUUUUCUAUUUUUUUAGAUUGUUUUCCUCCCCCUCGUAAUUCAGCAUUGAAGAAUUGUAUUUCUCUAGCUGUAUUUUGUAUGUAAGAGAUUUAGCUGAAUCUUGUUCUGUGAAAGCCCUUUAAUUUAUUGAUAUGUUUCAUGACCACUGUUGCUAGCUCUUCGGGCCAGGUUCACGCUUGAAUCUCAUUCCACUAAAAGUAUACUCAUUCCAUAAAGUAUAUGACUUUCAAGUAAUACAGACAGACAGACACAUGAUAAGCCAAACCAUUCCUGCAAACACAGCUGCGCUUCGUGAAAAUAUAAUGAGGCUGACAAGAAGCAAAUUUAGGUAGGUGCUGUCUUUGUUUGAAGUGUGGCAGAAUUAUAUUGUAACUUCCCCCAGUUGCAACUGUGUCAUAGUCAUAUGAAUACCCGAUUAUUUUAUUCCCAUAAUUUUACUGGCUUGGACGCCUAAAUAUGUUUAUGAUGCUUGGAGCCUCAGAAAAGAAGUAUGCAUACUUCAAAAGCUGCAAAAGGAUUUUCACUGCCUGCCUCUUGCUGAACUCAGAGUUAUGCCCUGGCACUGUUCUGAUCCAAGCACCUGUGCUUGGUUUGUUUUCAAUGUCAAGAGGUUAUAUUAAAAAACAAUUUUCAAGAAAAUGUGUUGCAAGAGAGGGACCUAAAAUGUGUCCUUUUGUAAUAGUUCUUGAAAAUAAUGACCUUGCCUUGUAUCAGUGAAAAAGUAAAUUGCUUGGAAGGGGAAAAAAAAAUCAAAUCAUUCCAAAACUGCUAAAGAUCAUUUCAAAAACCAUGAUUUAGUUUGGAAUUAUGAUUGUAGUCUGUUGAAUAGUAUUUACCAUGGCAUUUCAUACCCAUGGUAUUUUAUACCUUCUGACUAUCAAUUUUAGUAUUAUUAGACAUUUGUGUAAUCACUUGCUUAUUUAAAUGAAGUCUGAGUACUGCCUAACUGUCAGUUAUAUGAAUAAAUUACAUGUCAUUCUACUGUAA